UGUAUUUGUUAUGUACGCGUCGGCGUGGGCCCGCGCGCCCCAGGGCCGGUUUCAAUUUUACAGACCCAUAUGUACCUACUGCGAACCGUGCCUCGUUUGCAUUCCCCGAAAACAAUCUUUCUUCACCGACUGAACAGAGAGACAUUCGAUCCAUCGACAAGUCGAACGUGUUAGCAUACCAAUCCCGCCAUUGUAGUUUCUUUCUCGUUGUCACGAAUAUCCGGGCCUAGCCAGAGUUGUCUCGACCUUUCCCGCGUCUGAUUGUGCCUCAUCAUCUCAACUUGCUCUUUCCGCCCAGAGAGGACGGAAAGAAAAGUGAAUCAAAACCAGUCCACGCCAUGGCUUCUUCCCCUGUUGCGAGACAGCAGCAACGUCGGAAGGCGUCUGCUAGAUCCAAGGCCGCCGCUCCCCAGCCGCAGCACGCGUCGGCGAGCAUCAGCAGCUUCGCCCGCGUGUCGAAAACCACUACCGCGAGGACCGACAGUAAGAAGCAGGACCCUGCUUCUAGUUCUCCCACACCCGCCACACCUGCUGCUACUACUACUACUAGAACUUCUACGCGGAGAAAGACCAGCGCUACCGCCGCGCUCGAACCCAUCACGCCCGCCUCGCGGAAGCGUAAGGCGGCGACGCGGCCGAGCGAGGUCGAAGACUCGCUCUCGGCCGACGAGGGGACGCCUAAGAGGACUGCUACUGCUGCUGCGGCUCCCGCCCUACGCGCACCAACAACCGCGCCACUACAACUACCAUCACAACCGGCCAAGCGCGGCCGCGGCCGCCCCCCGAAGAAACCACGCCAUGUCGCCCCCCUAGCUGCCAUUCCCACCACCACCAUCAGCGUACCGCCGAGGAAGCGAGCCCGCAGCCCGACCCCUUCAGCCAGCAUCGCCUCAGAGUCGGACGACGCGAGCGCGCUGCUCUUCAAGAAACUGCGCCUGGAGUCGUCGCCGGCUAGCACGCGCUUCUCGUCGUCAUUGUCAUCCUUCUCGGGCGACUCGUGCGCGCCGCCGCCGACGACGCCGGACACGCCCGUCUCGGACGCCGACUCGGGCGGGGCGCGCUCGCGCGCUCGCGCGCUCCCGCCGGCCGUCGCCGCGCUCGUCGACCUGCACGCGGCGCUGCUGCGCACGCUGUCGCUGCACGCGGCGCACGCGGGCGCCGGCGCGCCCGCCGACCUGCGCGCGCUGCGCGCCGACGCCGCGCGCGCGUGGGGCCGCCGCGCCGUCUCCGCCGACGACGUGCGCGCCUGCCUCGGCGUGCUGCUCGCCGCCGACACCACCGCCGCGCCGCCGCUCCUCGAGCUCGUCGACUACGGCCCCGGCAAGGUGUGCCUCGAGAUCCGCGCCGCGGCGGAGGAUGGCGCGGCGGCGAGGGCGGUGCCGCGUCCGCCGCUGCGCGAGGCUGAGCUCAAGGCCGCGUUCGCGGCCGAGGUGCGCGCGCGCUGGUCGCGCUGGUGCGCGGAGGAGGCGGGCGAGCGGGACGAGGACGAGGACGAGGAAGGCGACGCCCGCGCGUUCCUCGCGGCGCUGCCACGCGCGCCCGUCACAAUCUGCGAAUCCGUCGCCAAGGCCGCCCCGGUGCUCGACGCCGGGCGCCGCCGCCUCGACGCGCUGCGCGGCGGGCUCGAGGCCAAGCGCGCGGCGAAGCUGCGGCCGCCGACGGGAGGAGCGCGGGAGAGAAAGCUAGGACAGGGCCCGGGACCGGAGCCGCCGCAGCAGCAGCAGGAAGAGAAGGAGCAGAAGCAAGAACCGCAGCAGCAGCCGCAGCCGAAGCUCAGCCUUCUCGACCGGCUCCGCGCGAAGGCCCAGCAGAAAGCGGCGGGCGCGGGCGCGGGACAGCUGACGGCGGCGCAGGCGGCGCGGCGGGCGGCGCUGCAGCGGGCGCCGGCGGUGGGGGCGGUGCUGGGGAUGCUGGGGCGGGCGGAGGGGUCCGGGUUCGCGAUGGCGGCGGUGGUGCAGCGGCUGCGGGACUCGGCGCCGGGGGGGGCCGGGCUGGCGCGCGACGACGCGGCGGCGUGCGUGCGGCUCCUCGCCGCCGAGGUCGCGCCCGCCUGGGUCCGCGUCGUGCGCCUGCCCGGCCGCCCCGAGGCCGUCGUGCUCGACCCCGCGGCCGAGGUCGGCGCGCGGGAGCUGCGCGAGCGGGUCGAGGGGUUGUUGGCGCGGUUGCAGAGGGAGGGGAGGUGAGAAGAAGAAGAAGGAGAGGAGGAAUUCGGUGGGGAAAGGAAAGGAAAGGAAAGGAAGGGGAAUAGGGAUAAGGAUUAGGAGUAGGGAGGAGGCAGAGAAAGAAGAAUAAGAAGGGAGAGGAACGUGAACAAGAAGGAAGAAGACGAAGAGAUUGUAUAAUGCGCGGAGAGGGCGUCGGCGGGGGAGGUGUUGUUACACUGCUGCGUGGCUGUAUUUUGCAUUGCAUGGCAUGGCAUCGCGUCGCAUGGCCUUGCGGCGUCGGGGUAUGAAUGGUUCUUGUAUUAUCGUGUUGGAUUGGGUGGGAGGGCGUACCAGUCGGCAUAGCGAGCGCGCGUGCGUUCUGUCCAUUUCCGCGGAGGCUGCGGGCGUAUCUAGGUGUAACCACCGCAAGUAAUGAAACUCGAAAUAUCAAACAUCAAACCAGACUUGCCGACGAGGUGUGCCUCUGUAGUCUAUUGCUCGCCGUCCUCCCGUCUUCUCCAUGCAAGAGACUGUACAUGCGAGCGGACCAAGUCCCGCCGACGCCCCGUCUUCGCGGCGGGAGCAGGCCGGGGAAGGACGGGGAUCCAGGAACCAAGACACGUGCUCCCCCGGCCCCUCCGGUACACUUCAUCGUACAGCUUUUCCCCAUCCGCUUUACUUCACGGUUCUUGUCACGCGUUGCCCCAU